CUAAAGAGAAGGAAGAAACCAUUCUGGUUUCAUUCUGUUGCUGUGAUGAAACACUAUGACAGAAAGCAACUUAGAGGAGGAGAGGGCUUAUUGGGCUUAUACUGCCAGGUUGAAAUCUGUUAUUGAGAGAACUUAAGGCCAGAUCCCAAGGCAGGAAUGUGAAACAGAAACCAUAAAUGGAUACUGCUUGCUAACUCACUCACAAGCUCAUGCUUUCUCACAUAACCCAAGUCCUAUUUCCUAGGGACGGUGCUGCCUGCAGUGGGCUGGGCCCUCCUGCAUCAAUUAGUAAUCAAGGCAAACCCCUACAUGAGUAUAAUCUAGGCAGUUCCUCGAUUAAGGUUUUCCUCUUAAAUGACUCUAGGUUAUAUAGCAAGUUGACAGUCAAAGAUAAUUAAGAUACUAACCAAAGUUAUAGUAACCCCCAUAUAGAAUCUCCCUAUAUAUAAUUUUCAUACAUCCAUAUCUGGAACUGUUAAUAAAGCAGGGGCAAAUCUUGGAGAGUGUCGAUGUGUAGGUACAAGUGUGUAAACCUUACAAUCCAUUCAUGGUAAAAAUGAUAAACCUUUGUGUUAUUUAUUUAUUUGUAAAUCACUUCUUUCACUUUUGACUUUGUCCCUGUUUCUCUCUGACAGUGUCCCUUGCUUAGGAUGCCACAGUACAGUGCUCGACAUGAAGAGUUCCCAUGAAUCGCGGCCUUUGUGAUAUUUUCUUCUUUGACACAUUUUCGGCAUAAGGUGGUGUGAGGACACCAUGACAGUCACAGUGGUUUAUGAUAACUCUGAGGCAACAGAGCUCUGUGCUGCUCAGCACCUCUACCUCAAGCCUAUAGCAAAAUUAAUGAUCAACGUGUUGCUCCCAGAAUGUAUAGAACCCGUGAGGCCCUUCUCUAACUGGGAAGUUCUUGACCAACUGAAAAGUCUGAUUUGCCCUGACCAGUUCACCACAGUGCGACUCUCCAAGAGUACAAAAGACUUCAUCCGGUUUGAGGGUGAGGCAGAAACACGAAGUUUGGUUCAGAUCCUGAAAGCGAAGUUACAUGGGAAGAUCAUCAAGCUCAAUGGCUUGAAAACUGACUUAAAAGUCAUAGCCACAGAUGCCCAGGGAGAGUGGGAACACUUUCCAAAAGGGAAAGAGGCCUCAGUGAUUGAGGGAGCUGAAGAACAAGACCAUGAUAAGAGCCCUGAUUCAAUCUAUUUUGAAGGCUUGCCCUGUAAGUGGUUUGCACCUAAAGGCUCCAGCGGAGAGAAGCCCUGUGAAGAGAUCCUUCGAGUAGUCUUUGAGAGUUUUGGGAAGAUCAAGAAUGUGGAUAUCCCCAUGCUUGACCCUUACAGAGAAGUGAUGACAGGUGGGAGCUUUGGUUUUUUAACUUUUGGCUUGCAAACAUUUGAAGCCUUUAUACAAUACCAGGAGUCAACUGACUUCAUAAAAGCCAUGGAAUCCCUUCGAGGAAUGAAGCUGAUGCUUAAAGGAGAUGAUGGCAAAGCUCUGGCAUGUAAUAUUAAGGUUAUGUUUGAUACAACCAAACAUUUCAGUGAAGGAGCCAUACAGAGGAGGAAUCAGGAAAGGCUAAAAUUACAGGAGUUGGAGGAAGAGAGGAAAAAAGAGAAGAAGAGGGAAGAAGAAGUAGCUGAAAGAAAAAGAAAAGAUGAAUUAAGGAAAGCCCAAGAAAAGAGAAAGAAGGCCAGGGACAGGAGGCGAGCUCUGAAGGAAAGAGAGAGACACCGUCAAAGAAGGGAAAAAGUGAAAGCCAAGUCUGAGGCUCGCCAAGAGCAGGAGUCUUCCGGAGAGUGGGAGGAGCGGAAGUACUUGCUGGCUCGGAGGCGGGUUGAAGCUCUUCGGUUGCUUCGGGUACUUCUGAAGAAAAUUGCAGUUUGGAUGAGAAAAGAGAAGAACCUUGAGCCUUGUCAAACACACAUUAGCCUUCUCUUGAACUGUCUGGGAUCCACACAGUGUAAUCCACAGGAGGUUGGUACUAUGGAGUCUGACGCUCAUCACACCCCAGGGACCGCAGUGAAAUCACCAGAGGAAGAAGAAUCAAACACUCAGCAUCUUCUGGACCAGAAAGAAAUGCCAAGGCAUCAGAUUCCCAAGUCUGACGGUAAACAAAAACAAAAAGUGAAGAAAAGAACUAAGACUCAGUUACAGAAAUCCUCACACAGCCCCGGAGUGAAACAAGUAAGAUAUUCAGCUAGAAAAGAGGAAACUGGAAAAGGGUUAACCGAUGGGUGUGAUUACAGUUUGGUCUCUGACCAGGAUUCCUUGCAGAGUACAGUGACUCCAGAUCAGUCCCUUGAAAAGGAAGACCAAUGCAGUGCUAAUGAAUCCCAUUCUUCUAGACAAGUUGUGAUAAACCGUAGCAGGAAACAGAAGAUCUAUGAAACAGAUGAUUUUAUUGACUAUCUAUUAAACUAUUAUCAGACUCCAGAGUAUGCCCGAUUCUGUCUUGAAGCAAGUCACCUACCGUGCACGUGUCAGUGGCAGAGAGAUGUCUACGCUAAGGGGGAUGGGUUUCAGAUCUAUUUAAGAAAACAGAGGUCCCACUCAGACAGUCUGAAUGUGGUGGAGAGCCUGCAAGAGAAGGAACAGGACAAAGAGCAGGACUGGCCGGAGAUGUAUAUGAAAGGUCCUGAGAGUAAGCCACAGAAGACAGGCAAGAUGAAUCAUGCCAAAGAAUUUACUAAGAAGUUAAAAAACCAUUACAAAGACAUUUCAAGUGAAUCUGAUGAGCACCUGUCUCCGCCUGAGGGAGAGAACUAUCCUGUGGAAAAGACCCAUAGUCAUGGAGUCAGAGAUUCUCAACACACCAGAAAAAGUCCAGCUUCCUCAUCAUUAAGGUCAGUAGAUGUAGGUUUGCCACUGGCAGAUUUCUUGGAGGAAAUUAGUAGCGAUUCUGAGUGCUUCAGUGAAACUCUUAGCAUGAACGAAGAGGAGGAAAGGUCUGUGGCUGUCUAUAAUAGCUCCCCAGAAAAAAGACCUCUUGGUACUGACAGAAUCGGUAGGGGCAAACAGAAAACCAGAUCGAGUCAGCAGACCUUAUAUUCAGAGCGGAAACAUGACAGUGAGGAAAAAUACUCUAAACACAAAGUUAGGGCACCAGGUAAAAGGUCCAAGUAUGAACUGAGAUAUUCGUGGCUUGAGGAUGAAUGUGAUUCCGUUAGAGUCGACAAGAAUGUAAGCAAAACUAGGGGAAAAGUAGCCCCCAAAUACAUGUGUGAUGAAGGUUACUACCAUGAGUCCAGUUCCAGUGAUGAAGCAGAGAACACCACGAGGAAGAGAAGGAGACUUAGUAGCAGUGUGUUUGACCAAAAUGUGAAAUACAGGCCCCUUCCUAUGCCAUUAAUGCCGCCAAAACGUGCUAGAGCAUUCUGUUUGGGAUAUUUCUCCAGGAAAAGGCAGAAUCCAUGGAAGUCAGACUAUAACCAGGAUGUAAGAAGGUUUAAAAGAUAUGAAAGUUCUGAAGAUUACAUGCUCGAUCCUGAUAAUUACUAUGUCAGUCACGAUGACAACCAGGAGCACAUUGAGUAUGGAAGCUACUUAGGAGACAGCUACUCUGGCUCCUUGUAUUUGAAAAUGUUCUGAUGGCCACUUUGAUCAGGAACACCCUUAUUUACAAGAAACAGUUGACAAAAAGGAAAACUUCAAACCAAAUAUAGCUAUGUUGUUAGCAACCACAGAGCAAGAACUAGAAGAGAGUCAAGUGCAAAAGCUUGUUCCUCUUGCCAAAGCUGAAAGUGUGGGUCAGAGUGACUGCAGGUAUGUAUGUCAGCAAGCUUUCGACCUAGAAAACCUUAGAUUCUAAAGCUUGGUGAAACAACAUAAUUGCAAAACUUCUUGAUCCAAGGACAGAUUUUACUUUAAGCUUUAAUUUGGUGCCAGUAAAGGAGCAGAUUAGCAUUAAGAUGGCUGAUUUGGCCUUCAAUGGCUCUUUUGCUGUCAUAACAUCAUCCGGCAUCUAUCUUCAAAGGGACAAUAGUGGACACAUAGGCAU